UGAUAACGAACAAAAAUAAAUAAAUAAUAAUCGAUAAAUUACACGUGAUGUUGAUAGUUCAUACAUGUAUUUUAAAAUAUAAUCGUAUACGUGAAAUUCACCUUCUGGUUUCUAUGCAACUUCUCAAUAAUUAAGGUAAAAAUUUAUACAGAGAACAUAAUUGCUAUUCUUAGUUCUUAGUUAAAUAUUGUUUAGCUUAUAUUAUUUUAAUUGAUAAUUAGUAUAAUCUAUAAUAGGUAACAUUAAUAAUUGUACCUACAUAAAAGUUGUUAUAAUCAAAAUUGUCCACUUUGUUUCACAAAAUUACCAUAUUAACUGAUAUAUAAGUAUUCUAUAUAGAUGGGGAAAGUGCACCAACGCCGAAUAAUAAAAGAAACGAAAAAUAAAUUAGCAGCUAAGGUAUCAAAAGCAACAAAUGUAUUGUUACCGGAAAAUUCUGGGUAAUAUAAUAUAUUUUACUAAUAAUUAGUAUUUUUACGUAUUUAUUGAUUUAUUUAAAUACAAUUACAUUAAUUGAGUUAUUUUAAAAGUUAAAUGAAUUUAAUUUUUCUUAAGAUAUAUUAUUGCCGAACCUGGAGAAAAAACAACAAAAAUCUCUCAAACUCAGAUUUCAAAUUUAGUUGAUGUUACUAGUGCAACGAAACAUUUUGAUUUAAAUCUUGAUUUCGGUCCAUAUGAGUAUGUGUUGAUUCGUAUUAAAUGUAUUUCGUUUAUUACAUUUUAAAAUGUAUUUUUUUUUUAGUAUUGAUUACUCGUUAAAUGGUCGUCAGUUGUUGAUUGGUGGACGAAAAGGUCAUGUUGCUGCUAUGGAUUGGAUAACAAAACAUUUGAUGUGUGAAAUUAAUGUUAUGGAAGAAGUUUAUGAUGUUAAGUAAGUUCAUAACAAAUAAUUAACACUGUAUCUAUUACAUAGCCAGUAUCAUGCUAUACGCCAGACUGUAGUCAGUAAAACCAAUACAAUUAGAAUCAUCAUUAUCUAGUACUAUAAAACAAAAUUGUCCAGCAUUUAUUGGUUUUAUAGAUGUAAAUUUUUAAAACAUUUGAGCUAUUUAUAGACAAUUAUAAUUUUGCUAGUUCUAUACAUAAUAUUUAUUCAAUAGGUACUCUGUGGAUAAAAUAGACCGAAUUCAAAAAUUCCUUAUUAAACGUGUAUAACCUAACUCCGCUCAAAAAAGUUUUUCGUUAACAAUGAUUAAUCAUUGCAUACAUAAAAACUAUAAAUUACCCUCUACAUUAUACUUUCCCAAUUUCUCACCUACAACAGUGGCUCACACAUCGUGCAAAGUGUCGGUCUUUUUUUUUUAAGUUGUUGACACUGGUCGGGUGUAUAGACCCAGUGAAUAAUUAAAUAUUUGAUGAUUUUAAAUAAUGAAUUAAAUACAUUAUUAUUACAAGUAAUAAACAAUCAAAAUAUUUCAUUUCAGGUGGCUUCACAAUGAAAAUCUUUUUUCAGUGGCACAAAAAAAGUGGGUGUAUAUGUAUGAUAAUCAAGGAAUAGAAGUACAUUGUUUAAAGAAUUUGAAUAAUGUCUUACAUCAGGAGUUUCUACCAUAUCAUUUUCUUUUGUGUACAGCUGUAAGUUUUCAUAUUUUAAUUUUAAUAUAUUUAAUGUUUUUUUUUUUUUUCAAUAUUUUAUUUUAUUUAUAUUUAUUCAAUUGAUAUUUUAUCCUUAAUUAUCAAUAAUUACAUACAUUUUAAAUUUUCAUUUAUUAUAGAGUGAAGAAGGAUUUCUGUCGUGGUUAGACGUUUCAAUGGGAAAAAUGGUUACACAGUUUAAUGCUAAAAUGGGUCGAUUGAGCAUUAUGGCUCAAAACCCAAAUAAUGCACUGAUCUGUUUAGGACAUACAAAAGGUUAUUCAGUUUUAUUUCUUUCAAAACUGUAUCUGAUAAAAUGAACAGUUUAUGAACUUUGAAAUUUAGGUGUUGUAUCAAUGUGGAGUCCAAAUCUACGAGAACCUGUUGCUAAAAUACUGUGUCAUGGAAAUAUGAUUACUUCAUUAGCAAUAAAUUCAAACGGAAUGUAAUAAAACUUGUUAACGUUUUCAUUUCAACAUUACUCUUAAAUAUUUAUACCAUAAAAUCUUUUGUUACGUUUUAGGUAUAUGGCUACAUCUGGCAUGGAUAGAAGUAUUAAAGUUUGGGAUGCCCGUAAAUUAAAUGGCCCAUUACAAGAUUACAAAGUAAGAACUAGUCCAAGAAGUAUGGUAUUCAGUCAAACUGGAUGUUUAGCAGUAGCCAUCAAUAAUGUAAUUGAUGUAAGUAUGCCACUUGAUAUAUAAUAUUUAUUAGAAGACAAUAAAAAUAAAACUGAUAAUUUAGGUUUAUGAAGAAUGUUGUACAAAAACUGUGAAACAUGCUUAUCUCAGACAUAAUAUCGCAAGAACAAUUAAUAAUUUAGCUUUUUGUCCAUUUGAAGAUGUUCUUGGCGCUGGUCACGAUGGUGGUUUUUCUAGUUUACUUAUACCAGGUUUGGUUCAUUUUGAAAUAAUUAUUUUACUCUAUUUAUUUAAUACAAUAUUAUUGAUUUUUAGGAUCUGGUGAACCUAAUUUUGAUGCAUUGGAACGAAAUCCAUUCCAAACGAAGAAACAACGGAAAGAAGCUGAAGUGAAAAUGCUUUUAGAAAAGGUUGUCAUUUAAAAUAUUUCAAAUAUUUAGUUAUAUUUUAAUAAUCAAAAUUAUUUUAUUUCAGAUUCCAGCUGAAAUGAUUACAUUGGAGUCUACUGUUGAUGAAGUUGAUGUUGAUUCAUUGCAGACUAAAUUGCAGGCUAGAAAUUCACUCCUGGUAAUUGAAUAAUUACAAAAUACAAUAAAAUUUGUACAAAAUAACAAAUAUUAUUAUUAAAUGCAUUGAAUUCUUUUUUAUUUUUAUGUAGACUGUAAAACCAUUAAAGAUAAAUAUUAAAGUAAGAAACAAAAUUAAGAAAAAGACACUCCCUAAUCCAUCUAAAAUAAAACAAAAAAUAUUAGAAGAGAAAACUAAGGUAAAUCUAUUGUUUUAUUUUAAUUAUAUUUCACGCGCAAAAUAUUAACAUUGGAUAUUUUUCUUCUAGGAAUUUGUUAGAGCACUGAAUGCAUGUCCAACAGAGAACAUUGAUGAUACCAAAUCUACAAAGAAAACAUCAUUAAGUGUUUUUGAUAGAUUUCAGAGUAAAAAGAAUAAAAGGAAAUAGUAAUAUAAAUAUAAUUUUAUUUGUUGUAAACAAUUAUUAUUUAAACAUAUUAUAUUCAAAUUUCUUAAGUUUUUAAGACACUUUAAUUGUAAUUGAUCAGAAGUAAAUGUUUAAUUUAAAACAACAAUGCAAUUUAUAUAUCAAGAUGUCUGAAUUGACGUCUUAAUUUCUCGUGUUUGUUCCUUUUCUCUUUAUGGUUUUUCCAUGGUUUUGAUGAAGCUUGUUGAGCUGGACUAUAAAUAUAAAAAAAUUAAAAUACACUACUUGUACAAGUUUUUUCUCCGACAUACUUAUUAACACUGCCCAUUAUAUCCAUUUUUUUCAUGCCUUUACUGUGUGCAACCAUUGUGGUUUUAUGAAAAAAUGUAUUAUCUAAAUCUGAUCCAGACGCGACAUUAGGCUAAAAAAUACAGAAUAUGUAUUUAUAUACAUAUAUAUUUUUUUAAUCAAUAAGAAAAAAACCUUGAGAAGGGUGUUUUCAAAUGGAGUAAAUGUUUUUAUUGCACGGUUUUCAUCAGGUGGUGGAAAUGAAUGGAAUUUUGUUUGAUCAACUCCAGGUGGUGCAAUACAAAACAAUAGCCGCCCUUGAACAUAAUGCUUGAGAAUUACACGGGCAGCUCUUGAACCAUCUGGUUGACCAUUUGCAGUCAUAUAUCCUCUACUACCUAAAAUUAGUUGUAACAAAACAAAAUAAAUAUUGGAACAUAAAUUUUGUUAAGGCUAAAAUUUAGAUUUAAAUUAUUACAUGCAUAAGCAUUUAGAAAUUCAUCUGCAGUGGGUGGUCGGUUUGGGUCUUCGCCCUCCAAUGGUUUUGUUACCAUUAUGCUAUAUUGAUCUUCUAAUAUAUGUCUUGGUAUUUGCGAACAGAUUAGAUUUACAGGGGGUCUGUGGUUUCUCAUUUGAUCAAUGGGAAGAAUACCAUUUACAAUAAGAUCAGCUUUAGUAAACACAAAACUAGGCAUUACUAAACCGGGACAAUCACACAGCAUCAAUUCUUUGUCAACAUAAAUAGUCUAAAA